GAGAGAUCGACCAUCUUCGUCAUAACACGAGCACAAGAACGUUGCGCAUACUUCCACCAACUCUUUGCGCAGGUUGCGGCUAGCUCAGUCUUUUCCAUCCUGUCACUAUGCCGGCCUACCACUCCAUCUACCUCGAUGAGGCCGACCUCCCCGUGAUCGGCAAUUUCCCCCUCCUCCCCCUUCGCACCCGCACUCGCGGCCCCGCAUACGUCCUCCCCGUGAUUCCUCCCUCAGAGUCAGAUAUCGACAUCGACCCGAACAGCGAGUCAUACGACUGCAUAGACGAGAUUCUGUCGCUCUUCCGCGCCAAUGUGCUGUUCCGGAACUUUGAAAUCAAGGGCCCCGCCGACCGUAUGCUGAUUUAUGGCAUCUUGUUCUUGAGCGAGUGUCUGGGGAAGGUUAAGCCGAACAUGACGGCUCGGGAUGCUGAGAAGGCUUUGAUCAAUACCGCGCUCGAACAAUUCGCUAUCCCAGGCGAUGCAUCAUUCCCUUUGAACCAUGCUUUUGAGCGCCCACGUGAUAGACAAGAUGCGGAACAGCUUCGACAAUAUCUCUCCCAAGUACGACAAGAGCUUGCCAUUCGUCUGCUCACUAAAUUAUACCCCGGUGGCGAAGGCCCUUCCAAAUUCUGGCUCAGUUUUUCAAAGAGAAAGUUCAUGGGCAAAAGUCUAUAGAUGAUGAUGUUGUUUAUGUCUCGCUUUGUUUCUUGACGAAUAGCAGCGUGAUUGUGAAUAUUACUUUGUUUAUCGCUACUACUGAACUCUUGUAGAAC